GGAAGGCGCGCUGAGAGAAGCAGCGUCGCCUCCCCAGAUAGGGAACAGAAGGGCGAUGGCCGGCGGUCCUUGGCAAACAGACUGCGUGGAGCGGCCCCUGUCCCGCGCGCUGCGCGGCCUGGGCGGCUUAGUGGGCGCCCACCCGUGGCCCUUCCUGCUGCUUCCCGUGGCGCUCUCGGCCGCGCUGGGCUCCGGCUUCCACCUGCUGCCCAGCCGCGAGUCCAACGACAUCGAGGCGCAGUUCACGCCCGGCGGGGGGCUCGCCAAGAGCGAGCGGCGCCUGGUGCAGGAGCGCUUCCCGACGCGCGACGCCGAGCGCUUCUCGGCGCAGAGGCUGACCACCGAGGGCACCUUCGCCUCCUUCGUGGCGGUGGCCGCCGAGCCCAGCCACACGCUGCUCACCCGGGCGGCCUUCGCCGAGCUGCUGGCGCUCGACGCGGCCGUGCGGGGCUUCAGCGCCGGUGGGCGCGGCUAUGCCGAGGUCUGCGCGCUCCAGAACGGCUCCUGCAGCAGCCCCAACCCGCUGCUGAGCGCCGUCGGCGGCGACCCGGCGCGGAUCGAGGCGCUGCUGCCCGGCCUCACCUUCCCGCUCUGGCAAGGGCGCGUCCUCCUGGGCUUCUUUUUGGGAGGCGUCUCGGUGGGGCCAGGAGCGGCAGACAACCGGAGCCGCCCCCUCCAGGCCGCCGAAGCUCUGCGCCUCGUCUAUUACUUGCAAGAAGAUGCCCCUGCGCCGCGAGAGGCCAGCUUGCUGUGGCUGAAGUCCUUCCAGGAGCGCAUCCCCGACCUGCUGGACUCCUUGGGUCUCGCCUCGGUGCGGGUGUCAUAUUUUACUUCGCUAUCCAGGCAGGAGGAGUUUGAAAAAAAUUCCAAGACAGUGAUCCCUUUAUUUUCCAUCACAUAUACUUUAACAAUAUUCUUUUCGAUUAUGUCAUGUUCAAGGCUAGACUGCGUACGGACAAAAGUGUGGGCUGCAGCAUUCGGGGUGCUGUCAUCGGGUUUGGCCGUACUCAGCAGCUUUGGAUUAUUGCUGUAUUGUGGGGUACCUUUUGUCAUCACAGCUGCAAAUGCUCCAUUUCUCAUUCUUGGGGUCGGUGUUGAUGACAUGUUCAUCAUGGUGUCCCGCUGGCAACAGACUAAAGUCAAGGACACAGUUGUGGAUCGGAUGGCUAACACCUACGCAGAGGCGGCUGUGUCUGUUACCAUCACAACUCUUACCGAUGUUUUAGCCUUCUACAUUGGCAUUGCAACAGCCUUCCCAUCCAUUCAGUCAUUUUGCAUCUACACAGGAACAGCCUUUAUCUUCUGCUACAUAUACAACUUGACAUUCUUUGGGGCGGUUCUUGCUCUAAACGGUAGAAGAGAAGAAAGCAACAGACAUUGGCUCACAUUCAUGAAAGUGCCAAGAGAAGCUGAAGAGUCUCGUGGCUCUACAUACAACAUGUGCUGUGUGGGAGGGUCUUAUGAUGAGUUCACUGGGGCAGAGUUUGACCAUCCCAUGAAUGAAUUCUUUAGAAAUUAUUUUGGCCCAUUUCUUAUGCACCCCUGGACCAAGGUGUCUGUGGUAGUCCUGUAUCUUGGGUACCUAAGCAGCAGCAUUUAUGGGUGCACUCAGGUUAAGGAAGGAAUAGAUCUUCGAAAUCUAGCCAGUGAUCAUUCUUAUGUCAUUCAGUAUUACGACUGGACAGAUGAGUAUUUUAAAGAAUAUGGUCCAAGAGUUAUGGUGGUGGUUACUGAAAGCGUAGAAUAUUGGGAUUCAUCUGUACGUGCAGAUCUUGAGGGUUGCAUGGAGUUGCUAGAAAACUCAGUGUAUGUGGACAAGCAUUUAUCAGAGUCAUGGCUGAGAAUUUAUGAAGGAAUUGCUGCCAGGAUGUCUGUAAAUAUAGAUGACCACAACACUUUUAUUGGCAAUUUACCUGCCCUGUUUAGCAUAAAUCCAGAGUCCCAGUGGGAUGUUAAUUUUACCAACCUGGAAAUACCAGCUUCACGAUUUUUCAUACAGACUGUCAAUGUUAUUAGUGCAAUUGAUGAGAGAAAUCUUUUACAACAACUGAGAGGCUUUGCAGCAGACUGUAGGAUUUCACUAAUGGUUUAUCAUCCAGCUUUUAUAUAUUUUGAUCAGUACCUUGUGAUAGCUCAGAACACCAUUCAAAAUGUCCUAAUUGCUGCUGGAGCCAUGUUACUUAUUUCCUUGCUCCUCAUUCCCAACCCUUUGUGCUCAUUGUGGGUAACCUUUGCUAUUGCGUCUGUUAUCAUUGGUGUGACUGGCUUCAUGGCCUAUUGGAAUGUCAAUCUUGACUCCAUAUCUAUGAUCAACCUUGUUAUUUGCAUAGGGUUUACAGUAGACUUUUCCGCUCAUAUUUCUUACGCCUUCGUUAGCAGCGAACAGCAGAGCGUGAAUGACAAGGCAGUGGAUGCUCUGUACUGUCUUGGUUACCCCAUCGUCCAGGGAGCUGUUUCCACCAUUGUGGGAGUAGCGGUGCUCUCUGUGGCAGCCACGUACAUUUUCAGAACAUUUUUUAAGAUUAUGUUCUUGGUUAUUUUCUUUGGAGCUAUUCACGGUCUCAUUUUUAUUCCUGUGUUUUUAACCUUCUUUGGUGUGUGCCGUAGAUUGCCAGACCAAGAAGAUCCUGGGGUCCUGUAAAGACUUCCGUGUGCAUUAUGCUACUUCUUAACCAAAGGAAUAUGCUAUCCUACCUCCAGUCCUCUUGCCAUUGUGGCUUAGUUUGAUUGAAAUGUAGUUGUGCUCUUGAAUAUGGAAUUUUUGCUUAUCCAAGAAGCUUGCAAACUAAACGCAUUCCUGUUUCUUAAGGCCUAUUUUAUGCAUUUGUUCAACAGGAACUGUCUACAUAACAUGGUAUGUGGUAUAGAUUAUUCAAGUCAGAAUGCUUUCGGUGUUGUUGCUUGCCUUAAAACCUUUGAAGAAGCACUAUUGUAGUAAUAGAAGCAUUUUUAUUUCCUUCUGGAAGUCCCGCCCCCCAUUACAAAGCAGCCUGUAUUGAAUCUCAGCAAAUCCAUAAACCAGAUUUCCCCCCAUCCAUAGGGCCCAUUCAACAUUUCUCUGAAACUUCUAUCCAAUUUUUAGAUUGGCUGGCACAGCGAUGGAAUGAGACAUAAUAGCAGCAGCAACUUAAUGUAACCUUAGAAAGCUUGGGUUUAUGCUGGCAUGUCGGGGGUCUCAGUCCAGUAUUGCAGAGAGAUGCAUUCAUACAAAAGUUUAGAUUGGAAGUCAGAAAGAUGGACAUCUGGUCAGUCCUCCUGCAGAUUGUGUGGUCUACCUGGUUGUGAUAUAACUCUAUCAUGGUUCUUAUUUCUGACAUUCAUUAAUCAGCAGGUGUAGUAACAUACAUAGUCCCACUGAAUUCUGGGGGGAAAUUCAUAAAACGGUGUUGCAAGGUUCAUGGCUGUGUAAUGGAGGAAUUUUAGAACAUUUGUUAUAUUCAAACCUGCUUCUUAAAGGCCUGUCAUUGUGUGACAUUUCUCUUCCUGAAGGUGCCUUCAGAGUAACUCCAAUGGAGCUGUAAUACAUAUGUGUGAGAUUACAGUAAUGAAACCUCUUUGGGACCUGUAACCUCUGCAGUGGGAGCUGUUUCUCCUCGUUAGAGGCUUGUAGGGGCUCACUGGGAUACAAUAUCUUCUUCCAAAAGAAAAUAACCAAAGAUUCUGUGAGGCAAAUUCACAAAAUGCUGAUGACAACAAUCUUCCUCUCUCCCUUUCUGAUGGCUGAGCCAAGAGUCUUGGGGGAUGAAUUUGUAUAAAGCGCCCAAUUCAAAUCAAUGGCAAAGUACUAAAAGUGGAGUUUAUUUGUGAGGAUACCUGUUUUGUACACAUGAUUUAAGAUACCGUUUAUUUAAAAAAUUAGAAUUUAAUCGAGUUGAAAACCUCGUCGUCACCUCCUGAAAAGGAAGAGUUAAUUAUACUCCAGAGCUACUAAAAUAAAGGUUAACAGCUGUAUUCCUGAUAAACAAUGAAAAUAAUUUCAGGAAUACUAAAUUUAUAGCCAUCAUAAGAGAUAGAGGCACAUUAACCUACUAGUUUUUAAAUGGCUGUUUUGGUCAUGGUUUUAUUUAUUUUAAAUAAAUAUUUAGUUUAUAACUCAUUACAUAGUCUACAGAUAAGAUUUUGAAGUGGUUUUUUUAGUGUUUCUACUGUUUGACUUGAAAAUGCCUGUAAAUAUGGGAAGGGGUUGCCAGUUUUUGUUUAUUAAAACUAAGAAUAAUGUCUCACCCCAUUGUUUAUAAAAUCUUACAGGGCUGCAUUUUCUGGAAAACACGAAAAGCCAAUAUUAAAAUCUAGUAGUUGCUACCAUGACUUCUUUAAGUGCUUUUCUAUUCCCUUCCCCCUUUCUUUAAUUCAACUUCCCUUCUCCUUUCUUGCUAAUUUCUGAAUUUAAGCUUUCCAAACAUACCCAAGUUUUCCCAUUUUCCUUUUUGUCAUUUUGAAUAGUUCUGAGGCUUUGCUUCUCACUGACAACUGCUAAGUUAAAUGUGCAAAUAAAUAAAGAGGUAACCGUCUUGGCUUUAAA